AUGGGCGACCUGCUGCCGUGCCUCGUGUGCGACCAGCCGCUGCCCGAGGACCCGACGGCGCGCUGCCUGACCGACUGCUCGCACGAGUUCUGCCUCUCGUGCCUGUGUCGCCGCCUGCCGGCCACCAAGAACCGCUGCCCUGGCUGCCACGCGCAGGUCAAGCGGGUGACGCAGCUGCUGCCCCAGGACGGCGACGCCGAGGCGUCCCCCAAGCCGGCCUUCGUGCGCUUCUGCAACGCCGUCUACGCGCUCAACGUGUCCAUCUGGGCCGUGGACGACCCGGCGCAGGUGCUGGCCGCGCUCUUCAACUUGGAGCACGCGCGGCUCAUCCAUCGGGGCAAAGUGCUCCAGCGCGGGGACGUCUGGCCGGGCUCGGUCGUGCAGCUCUUCGGCACGCAGAAGGGGGCGCUGCAGACGGCGGCGGCGGGGAAUUAUUUGACGUGGCUCCCCCACGAGUGGCUGCAGAGGGCCAAGAACGUCGUGUGCUUCCCCUUGAGCAUCCUCUACGACUUCGUACGGUCCCUCUUUGGCAACGUGGAGCAGCAGCAGCAGAGAGGACAGAGGGGCUACGCGCAGGUCCCGACGAGUGAUAACUCGAGAGCUUCCGCCAGCUUCCGGGAGCCAGGACGGGUGCCGAGUCCAGACCAUACUGAGCUGCUGUAA